AUGCCGAACCAAGUUUUCUUCGAGACGAACAGAGAUAUAAAUAUGGCCGGCCCAGCGGUGACAAUCGACGAGAUCGACGAUGUGUUGUACUUCACGCGAAUAAACGAGGCACAGGAUCUGCAGCAGACAUUGACGGGCCUGAGCCAGAAAUAUGGUUGUCAAGUGAAGGAUGUCCUAGAGGCUUGCAUAGAUCCCGAGACGGGAAAUACUCUGCUGCAUUUUUGCUCUGCCAACGGCUUCGUCGAGCUGCUCCAGAACCUACUCAUUCAGCUGAAAUCUGGUGGCAAUGGCGUGGCAAUCAAUGGCAAAGCAGCAGAUCGACCGCACUUGAUCAACAGACAGAAUCAGCAGGGCAGUACACCUUUGCACUGGGCAGCUUAUAACGGGCAGCUAGAUGCGGUGAAGUUGUUGGUAAAGGAGGGCAGUGAUAUGUGGAUCAAGAACUCUGCUGGGCAUCUGGCCAUGUUCGAAGCCGAGAGGGCGGACAAGAGUGAGGUUGUGCAGUUCUUGCUUGAGGCCGGUGGGAAGGAGGUCGAGAAGACGGGAAGGGAGGGUCAAGCUGAUACGGCUGAGGACGUGGAGGAAGCGGAUGUCAGUAUGCACCCUGGUGAGCUAGACGGAAAUGGUAGCAAUGGUGGCCAGGCACAAGCGGCAGGAGGAGCGGCUGUGGAGAUGGGUGAAGCCUGA